AUGAACAUCUGCUUCGUUUCAGACUUCUUCUAUCCGUCAGUUGGAGGUGUUGAAGCUCACAUGUAUCAUUUGUCGCAGCGAUUGAUCAAGCGUGGCCAUAAAGUCAUAAUCAUCACACAUCACUACAAGACACGAUCUGGAGUUCGUUACUUGACGAAUGGAUUAAAAGUAUACCAUAUUCCAACGACAAUCGUGUAUGCUGGAUCAACAUUUCCAACCGUGUAUGGAAUGUAUGCCAUCUUACGUGACAUCUUUAUACGGGAGGAGAUUGAUGUGGUUCAUGGUCAUCAAGCUUUAAGCAGCUUAUGUCAAGAAUCUAUCGUACUGGCUCGCUUGCUCAACAUACACACAGUGUUUACAGAUCAUUCGCUGUUUGGAUUUGCGGACGUCAGUGCUAUAUUGACCAACAAGCUAUUGAAGUUUGCCUUGUCGGAUUGUAAUGCGGUUAUAUGUGUCUCAAAUACCAGCAAAGAAAACACGAUACUAAGAGCAUCACUGGACCCAUACAAAGUAUAUACCAUCCCAAACGCUAUUGUGGCUGACGACUUCCAACCGAAUCCUGAUGCAAGAGAUCCACACACUGUCACAAUCGUAGUAACAUCCCGUCUAGUCUACCGCAAAGGCAUCGACCUCCUCGUCUCAAUAAUCCCACGACUCUGUCACCACUUCCCCAAGGUUCGCUUCCUAAUCGCUGGUGACGGCCCCAAACGAGUACAACUGGAUCAAAUGCGUGAACAAUACAUGCUUGAGUCUCGUGUUGAGCUGAUGGGUGCUAUACCAGCUAAGAAUGUGCGGGAUGUGCUUGUGAGGGGUCAUAUUUUCUUGAAUACGAGUUUGACAGAGGCAUUUUGUAUUGCUAUACUUGAGGCUGCUUCGUGCGGGCUCUUGGUAGUAAGUACAAGAGUAGGUGGAGUACCUGAAAUCCUGCCAGAGGAUUUGAUUCUGUUUGCUCAAGCUGAUCAAGAUGAACUAGUUGCUGCCGUAAGUAAAGCCAUUCACCUAAUCCAAUCGAACGCCAUCUCCCCAGAAGCACUACACGAACGAGUCAAAUCCAUGUACGAUUGGUAUGAUGUGGCUGAACGGACUGAGAAGGUGUAUGAACAAGUUAUGCAAAGUCCCGAGCGAUCUGUUGCAGACAUGUUUGAGAGAUACAAACGUGUAGGAUAUGUCGCUGGCCACAUCAGUGUGCUGGUUGUCGCUGUUGGGAUGAUAUAUCUAGCUCUUUUGGAGUGGAUUUUCCCAGCAUCGACGAUUGAACGGGCUUAG